AUGUCGGGCGGCGCUGCACGCCGGGCCCACCUGCGCGCCACGCAUGCGCGGAAGGCCCAGCAGGCCAGCCACCGUCUGGCUGGACUCUUGGCGGCAGGACCGCCACCUGGCCUGUGCUGCGACGACUUCGCCUACGUCUAUGCGAAGCAGCACGCCUUUGAGGAGCAGUACGCCUUCGAGGAGCAGCACGCGGUCACGGAGCACUUCGCCGAAUUCGGCCACUGCGAGUUUGUCGCGGACGCCGUCCCCAGCCACCUGGGCGACGGCCUCAACACCGCUCCCGCACAUCGAGGCCAUGAUGGCGCUCAGCUGUUCGCUCCGAAGGACGACAUCGACAAGAGGCGGGAGACAACCUGGCGCCCGCCAUCUCCGACGGGGAGCCUGAGGCUUCUCAGCAGCGCAUCGGCUCCGCUUCCCCAGCUGGACUUCGUGCGGGCCCUCAAACCUCUGGAGCGCGAGCUGGCCGUUAAGGAGUUCAUGGCAAUGGUGCCGACCGAGAGCACCGAUAUGCAAGAUGACCUGCCCACCGUGGACAGCAAGGGGCUGAACGACACCACUUGCGAGAACCAGGAGGUCAUCGACUGGCGUGCCGAGGCGGAUGAGGAGCCGCUGGAGCAGCCCGUCGUGGAGGCUUUGGACAAGCGCGUCGAGGACCACCCGAUCAGCGACCACAAGGGGCUGAGCGACACCACCUGCGGGAUUCUCGAGCCAGCGAAAAAGGACGCCGUCGACCCGUGCGGCGAGACGGCCAUGGAGCAAACGGCCCUCGUGUGCGAUACCACUUGCGAGAGCCAUCAGCAUCAAUGGAGAGCAUGUGGCAUAAACGGCGAAUGGGAGGACUUCACCUCCUGUGACAACUUCGGCGAUAAUGAGCCGUUGGAGGCCAGAUACCAAAGGUUUCUGUCUGGUCGCAUCGACGCCAAGAUUAAGAUGAAGCUGAAGAAGCACCUGUUCAAGGUGGACUUCCGUAGCAUGAGCUUGCGGGCCGUCAAUAGGAACGGCCUCGGCGACCGACUGCGGCUCUGCAGAGAGCUGCUGUAG